AUGAGUAACCCAAAUCAUAACAACACGUAUCAGCCAUAUAGGCCAUCAGGAGGUCAGCAACAGCAAUAUGAAGACACUGCUGGUGCACCUGAAUCUGAAUAUGGAUACUAUUCUAACGCUGGACUGCAACAACCACAACAAGAAGGUGCUUAUUUAUUCAGUGGAGACAAUUCCAGCUCUCAUAGUAUCAACUUUUCUAGACCUACUCCAGCGUAUAACCAACAGUAUCAAAGUAGUGGUGGGGCGGACGAUCAACAAACCUAUAGACCUUCCAAUAUCUUUUCUGCGCCACUGCCAGGACGUCUUUCUAGCAAUGAAGACCCUUUUGAUAGCUAUGAUAACUACGAGUUGAACGAUAUGUCUAACACUGGUUACGAAGGAUACGAUAACUUGAAUCAGAAUCAGAAUUAUGGACAAUCUUUCGUGCCCCAUGCUUAUGAAGACGAAGAAGAAAGAGAAUACGAUCGUAAUAUCCGCUAUAACGAUAUUCAAGGUGAUUACCUUGAUUUGGCUUCUAUCCAGAUCAAUCCUCCUCUGUCUCUGUCACCCUUUGAUUCUCAAGUUCUGAGGUUGUAUCCAAUGGCUGAACACAGCGCUCCACCUCUACCUAUUCAACCGGACCAGACUCAACCCCAAGAGUCCCCCUUUAUGGAUCAAUAUGAACAAGAACCAUUAGAAGAAGAAUUGGAACCAGAACAGCCUCCUAUUGAGGAGCAAAUCAGAGCUAGACCUCAAAUGGGUAUUGCCACAGGUAUCAAUGGUCAUUUGGUGUUGGAUUGUCCCGUUGCUCCCGAGUUAUUGGCGAAAUAUCCUACCUAUAAUCCUGAAUUGAAGGAUGGUGGAUUAAGUAGAGAGUUUUCCUAUAUGAGAUACACUGCUGUGACUUGUGGACCUUCUAACUUCUAUAACGAAGGUUAUAUGUUGAGACCAGUCCAUUACCCGGUUCCCAGACAAACUGAGAUCAUGGUUGUUAUUACCAUGUACAAUGAAAACGAUAUUUUGUUGGCCCGUACCUUGAAGGGGAUCAAGAAGAACAUGAAACACUUGGAAUCAAGAACAAAGUCAUCCACUUGGGGUAAGGACUCUUGGAAGAAGGUGGUGGUGUGUAUUGUUUCAGAUGGUCGUAGUAAAAUCAAUGAAAGAGCUCAAGCUUUAAUGGCUGCCUUUGGUGUGUAUCAAGAAGGUUUAGCUAAAAGUAUGGUUGAUGAUCGUAAUGUCCAGGGUCAUAUCUAUGAAUACACCACUAGAGUUGGAAUCAAUAAUAUUGAUGAAACAGUUAAAUUGACCACUACGAAUGUGGUUCCGAUUCAAAUGCUUUUCCUUUUAAAGGAAAAGAAUGCUAAAAAGAUUAAUUCCCAUAGAUGGUGUUUCCAAGCCUUGGGGAGAGUUUUGGAUCCCAAAAUUGUGGUUUUAUUGGAUGCUGGUACUGAACCUUCUGAAAAAUCGUUAUAUAACUUAUGGAAAGAAUUUGAAAGGGAUCCACAAGUAGCUGGUGCUUGUGGUGAGAUUAGGGCUAUGUUAAGAAAGAGAGAAGUUCUAACUAAUCCUUUGGUUUAUGCUCAAAACUUUGAGUAUAAAAUCUCCAACAUUUUGGAUAAACCUAUGGAAUCUGCUUUUGGGUUUAUUUCAGUUUUACCUGGUGCCUUUUCUGCUUAUAGGUAUGUUGCAUUGCAAAAUGAUGUUAAUGGCCGUGGACCAUUGGAAAAGUAUUUCAAAGGUGAGUUUCUUCAUGGUUCUGGUGAAGUUGAUCCUAAUGAUGAUGAAAGAGAAUUAAAACUUAGACAAAUGAAAGACGAAGCAGGGAUCUUCACUUCUAAUAUGUAUCUUGCUGAAGAUCGUAUUUUAUGUUAUGAAUUAGUUGCUAAAAGAGGUUGUCAAUGGCUUUUACGUUAUGUUAAAUCUGCUAGUGCUGUCACAGAUGUUCCUGGUGGAUUGGCAGAAUUCAUUCUUCAAAGAAGGAGAUGGUUGAAUGGUUCUUUCUUUGCUGCCAUUUAUUCUUUAGCUCAUUUCCCUCAAAUUUGGCGUUCAUCUCAUUCAUUUGGUAGAAAAGUGGCAUUCCAUAUUGAAUUCUUUUACCAAUUGAUCAGUUUGGUUGUUUCUUGGUUUUCUAUUGGAUCUUAUUUCCUUGUGUUCAGAAUAUUGUCUUCAUCUUUAUCAGCAUCCUCGUUGAAUUUUGCUCCUGGAAGAGCCUUUUCGCUUAUCUUUUUGUGGUUAUAUUUGGCUUCUAUUGUGACAACAUUUGUUUUGAGUUUUGGUAAUAAACCAAAGGGUACUGAAAAGUUUUAUAUUGUGAUUGUGAUUUUCUUUGCCAUAUUAAUGGCAUAUAUGAUUUUUGCAGCUAUAUUCAUGGCUGUUCAUUCAAUUCAAGAAAUCAUGAAGGAAGGACCCAUAACUAUAUCGCUUUUCUUCAAGAAUGCUGCUUUUAGAGAUUUGGUGGUGGCAACUGUAUCAACAUAUGCGUUAUACUUUAUUGCUAGUUUCUUAUAUUUGGAGCCAUGGCAUAUGUUCACAUCUUUCUUACAGUACAUUUUGCUCUCUCCAUCUUAUGUUAAUGUGUUGAACAUUUAUGCCUUCUGCAAUAUUGAUGAUAUAUCCUGGGGUACCAAAGGUGACACUGGAGCCAAGACUUUGGGUGUUGCAAAGGUAAGAGAUGAUGGUACAUUUGAUGUUAACAUUCCGAUUCUAAAGGAAGAAAUUAACCAAUCUUAUGAGAAUCAAUUGGCUAAGAUUAAAGUACCUCCUCCACCAGAAGAACAACUGGAAUCUACAAAUGAAGAUUAUUAUGCCUUUGUUCGUUCCAUGACAGUUUUAGUCUGGAUGUUUUCCAAUUUCGUGAUCAUUGCCGUGGUCUUAGAGACUGGAGGUCUUAACCGGUUGGACUCAGCUUCUGAUCUCACUCGUACCACGAGAUCAGAAAUCUUUUUAACGGUUAUUUUGUGGACUGUGGCAUUCAUGGCUUUGUUCAGGUUUGUUGGUUGUGUUUGGUAUUUGGUUUCCAGAAUGACUAUUGGGUUUAAGUCUACUCCCAAGAGACAAGUUGCACCCACCGUAAUCAAGUACUAA